UGGCCGCUGACACGUACUGACAAUCGGUAGCAGGUUGUGUGUGGGUGACAGCGAGCUAGCAUCACACAUCACCAGUGAAACAGGCAGCGAGCGUCAGCUAAGUUAACAGGAAACCGCGGGUGAAUGUAUGUCCUAGCUAGCUCAAGAGACUGUUAAGACCGCUUGCUAAAAGGAUACUGCAACGCUUUUUCUGAGUACGGCGAGCAUGUCUGUCCCGGCAGGAGAGGGAUGAAGAUGACACCACUGUUAUGGCGAGUUGUGUCAGUGUGGCUAUGUGUAGCUGUAACGUUAUGCUGUUGGUACCCUAGUUGCUAUGUCGGUUGCACAGAGUCGUACCAAGAGGCCCAGAGGCCUGUGUCCUCACAGGACGUCGGUUCGGAGGAAGAGUCAGAGGAAAAGAUUCAUCAUCACCAGGUUGAGGAAAGCUGGGUCUUACCUGCCCAUUCCCCAUCUGAAAAUGAGAAGUUGAUAGGUGAUGAUCAGCAAGAAGAGGAGCAGACAACACAGGAUGUGGACAAAAAACUGUAUUUAGAGGCCUUUGAGGUGGAGGAGCCUAUUGUAGAGGAAGAGAUGGAGGCAGACAAAGGAAUUUCACAACCUGAGCCAGAAACUGAGCAAAGCCCAGAAAAUCCAAAUCCUGAAACCUCCAUCACUCAAGACCAGGACUCAGCCUCCCUGCUGCCUUCCUCUGACCCUGUCUCUGAUGUUGCUGCUGAGCUUGAAGACAACGCCAACAUCCUUUACCUUCAAGACAACAUCAAAGAUAGUUUUUCAGAUGAUGCAGCUGACGUAGCUGCACCUGAGGUCAUUGAUUCUGACCUGCCUCCAGCUGACUGUGAAGAAGAAGAAGAAGAGAACAAGCAAUAUGACAAUGAUAGUCCUCCAAUGGUUCUGGAGAACACUUCCAAUGUUCACACUGCAGGUACUAAAACCCACACUGACCCACCAAUGAGUUCUCAGACUGGUCACAGCACACAGCAUCUGGAGGCCAACACAUCACACGGGCUGAAAGAGCAAGACCCGAGCUCCCCCGUUACCACAGGCACAGAUCCCAGCGUGAGCAGCAAAGACCCCGAGGACAUCCCCACGUUUGAUGAGUGGACGCGGAAGAUGAUGGAGGUCGAGAAUGAAAAGACUCAGUCUACUCAUACUUCUAACAAUGUGGCUCCUCAUACGGUGAAGAAGGUCCAGAAGAACUUCAAUAACUACGCCUCAGUGGAGUGUGGAGCCAAGAUCCUUGGCGCUAACCCAGAGGCAAAGAGCACUUCAGCCAUAUUGAAGGAGAACAUGGACUUGUACAUGCUAAACCCCUGUAGUAAUAAAAUCUGGUUCAUCAUUGAGCUCUGUGAGCCCAUCCAGGUGAAGCAGCUGGACAUCGCUAACUUUGAGCUAUUCUCUUCUACUCCCAAAGACUUUCUUGUCUCCAUCAGUGAUAGAUAUCCAACAAACAAGUGGCUAAAGCUGGGAACCUUUCACGCCCGGGAUGAACGCACAGUCCAGAGCUUCCCAUUAGAUGAGCAUCUUUAUGCUAAAUAUGUGAAGAUGUUCACCAAGUACAUAAAGGUAGAGCUGGUCUCUCACUUUGGCUCUGAACAUUUCUGUCCCCUCAGUCUCAUAAGGGUGUUUGGCACGAGCAUGGUGGAAGAGUACGAGGAGAUAGCUGAUCCCCCAGAAAGGCCAGAUGAUCAGGAUGAUGACUUGGAUUAUCCAAAUGGAUAUGCACCUGGUGAAGUCAAGUUAUCCAAUAAUCUGAUUGGAUCAGCAAAGGAUGUCAUUUUUAACAUGGUAAAUAAUAUUGCUGUCAAUGUUCUUGGCGGAGGCUCAGAGUUGCAAGGCAACCUUUCAUCACAGGAAGCGAACAUGACUGAGCCAUCCCCCCAACUUGAAACCACCUCUCAAACUGCCACUACAGACCUUACUUCAGUUCCAGACUCUGAAGUGAAAGAGAUUUUACCAGAUCCCGAUAUCCCUGCAACUGUAGCCCCGUCCUCAGAGACCUCUGUACCAGAGACCCCUACCACUGACACAAGCAAACAAGAGCUCCCCCCAGUGGAGGAAGAAAUUAACAUUCCUUUAGAGAAAGAUGAGGAAGAACAUAUCAGCUCUACAAUCAUCCUUUUGGAUAAGGACGAGGAGUUAGAGGAAGAAAAUGAGAAAAGGGAUCAGCAUGAGCGACCAAAAGAAAUCCAAAACUACUGUUCACUACUUCCUUCUUUUUCUUCCUCUUGCUCUUGCGCAGCUUCCCUCCAGGAGUAUCUCCAUCAGCAGUGUUCAGCCCUGCUGUCCAAAAACAGGACAUGCCAAACCAUGAACAGAAAGCAAGUGAUUCUUCCCAUCCAAACACCCACUUGGCAACUACCCCUGUCCCCCUCCGCUUGCCCUGAAUCUCCGCAGUACCACAGGGAGACACAUCAGCCCCAUAAACCAGAACAAGCUUCUGAACAGGAGCCAGAGAGCCCAUCAGAAACGCCACAAGGAAACACGGUAGAAUCUCAUGAAGAGUCUAUGUCCGAACCUCCUCUGCUGGAGCCCAGGCAAACCCCGAACCUCCCCACGCUCAGUGCCACAGACUCAUCCUCUGCCAAACCUUCCCCAAUUGUGGAGACACCACAGCUGUCUCCUGAGGAACCGGUGAGAGAGCUAAAGCCAGAAAAGAGCCAGAAUGGGCUGAUUGAAGAGAAGCACAUUGAGCCUUCAGCCUCUCUGAGUAACUCGGUCCAUGAAAAACCCAGUGUCAGUGCCACAGUGGAUGAUGCCUCAGUGGCCCUAACCGAAGAGAAGUCUGACCUUAAGGUUCCUAAACCAGAGAUAAAUGCCCCUGUUCAAACCCCAGAUAAGGUAGAGGAAUCCCAAGUUCUCCAUCCCACCACUUCCCCUCGUACAGAACAUCACCCGGACCCACCAGUUGUACCUGACAGUGAAGUAUCCCACCCUGCUCCAGACACCAUUACAGAACUUGAACCCUCUGGUGGUCACUCGGUCAUCACAGAAACUAAAACGGAGGAUUUCGCGGAAGACGUCAUUACUUCGUCAGAUGGCAGGCCUUCCUCGCCUACCUCGCCGUCUGUCUUAGACAUCUAUGCAGAGACCCCCAAUGGCACGGAGCAGAACGGGAACCCAGUGCAUGGCUCCAGCCAGAAGGAGUCUGUGUUCAUGAGACUCAACAACCGCAUCAAGGCCCUGGAGAUGAACAUGUCACUCAGUGGACGCUACCUGGAGCAGCUAAGCCAGAGGUAUCGAAAGCAGAUGGAGGAGAUGCAGAAGGCUUUCAACAAAACCAUCAUUAAACUCCAGAACACCUCUCGAAUAGCAGAGGAGCAGGACCAGCGUCAGACUGAGUCUAUUCAGCAGCUGCAGGGCCAGCUGGAGGAUGUGACUCAGCUGGUUCUUAACCUGUCUGUCAGAGUCAGCCAGCUGCAGAAUGAGGUGUCCGAGAGGCAGAACUACCUGCUGCUGUCUCUGGCGUUGUGUCUGUGUCUCGGCCUGCUGCUGUGUGCCAACCACUGCCGCAUCCCCACUAUUCCUCCAACCACAGAACCAGAGCCACCCACAUCUAAGAGUUACACCUAUUGCUGUCCUGAAAGUUACCUUAAUAGGCAGUUCUCUUCCUGUGAUGAGACGGGCUUGAAGAGGAGUGCAUCCUAUCCACUCAUACACUCACUCGCCGCUACUGAAGGUCUAGAAAUGCUGCACUCAGAGGAGACACAGAGUCUUUGUCCAGCUAACCGAAAGAGGAGACGCCGUAAGAUGAAACCCAUGGAGAAAGUGGAGACUCUCAAACCCUCUUUUCAUGCUGCUCCAGAACUGUGUAAUGGAGCUGUUGUAUGCAACGGUGUACCUGUCACCACAAACCCUUCACCCCUUACAAAAAGGUUACUUCAACCUAUGUUUAGAGACUCGCCUUCAGAAGGCAGCUCGGAGGGAUCUUCGCAUUCAGAUGACCCCUCCUUCUGUGGCAUCACCACAGGUUGCACCCGAAUCUGUGACGGGCUCCCUCCACCCAAGACCCGGGCGGAGAAACGGGCAUUAAGACGCAGGCGUCCAAAGCCCAGUUGCGCGGUGGUGGACUUGCUACAGGCCCCGCGGAGGGACAGGAGCGAACCAUUGCCCAUCUCUACCAUACAGGGCAUCAUGAACAGGAAAACUGAAAAAAGCUCUGGGACAUUUGGGGUGAAUGCUGCCCUCUCAGGUCCUGUUUGAUAGGACUCUACUCCUUCUCACUGACUGCCUAACUCUUUCCAAAAGAGGAUGGAUGUUAAUUUCUGUAGCCACAGGCAGUUUUAAAGGUCCAGUGUGUAACGUGUUUAGUUGUUUAUUAUCAAACUCUGUGUUGACUGUUGACAAAUGGUGGUAAAUAUUAAUGAAUAUUUAAAUAAUAUAAAAAUAUUAAUAUUUAAAUAAUAUAAAAAUAUUAAUGAAUAUUUACCACCACCAUCAAUUCCAAGCAUUCCUUUUGGCUUGAAAUUUUACGUUUGCAUUUCGCAUGAACUCGGGUACACGCUCCAUAUUCAUGCGCCAUCUUGAAAUACGUUAGCCGGUAAGGGACAUAUUGCUCCUCAUUUUCGCUCUCACUUGAUAAACUCACAGGUGCUGCUAAUGGGCAACUUUGAAGAAGGAAACAUGGAGAACCACAUGUUAUCUUAAUACAUUCUGCAACAGAGUGGGACAAAAAAAUCUACCGGGAAAUUUCAUAGACCACCGGCCCUCGGGGGGCGGGGGAAAGAUGAAUGUUCGGAAAUAAGAGGCUGCUGCGGCCCACCGUACAGGUUAGUUUGACCAGCGGGCAGUGGCGGCCGGAGCGGGCGAUCAGACCGGCCGGAGCGGCCUCGAAACACUACCGGCCCACUGGGAAAUUUCCUGACUCUCCCGAUUGCCACUCCGCCUCAUGCAUGUAUUCAAAAUCCAAGUUUCAGGAACAGGAGUCUUCUUCUUUGCCCAGAAAAAGAAAAAGGAUAUUGAAAAAAGGAAAAGACCGUUUUUUUUGAAGCGUGAAGGCUACUGUAGCUGUAAUAUGUAAUUUGAACUGCGUGGUGCGAGAGAGUUGAUUGCAAUAUACGAUCUCAACGCUAGAUGGGAGAAAUUCCUACACAUUGGACCUUUAAGCUUCGAUGUGAGACAAUCCCUUCACUCUCACUUUUGUUUUCUGUUUUAUGUUCUCGUCAGAUGUUUAUAUUUGUAAUACUUCAAUUCAAAGAAACGUCUUCCCAGCUUUCCAUUAAAGCUUUUCUCUUUUUGGAAAUAUUGACUGUGACUAUUGACCCUACGCACUAACAAAAUGAUUAAAUUAAGUUUUAUUGUC